UUUUUUUUUUUUUUUUUUUUUUUGUGGGAGAAAAUUUAAACCGCGGCAGUUAGAUAUGGAAAACCUGCAGCAACUUUUUAUACAUUACAGAUCUCUUUUUCAAAAACAUAAUGGAAGCACCUUCACACCGAUGGAAUGACGAUGGACACUCUGGUAAUAACGCUGGACGACGUCAAAUGGGAGGAAAUAUACCAUUUUCAAAAAUGGUAUUUGAUGGCAAAAGAAUGAGAAAAGCGAUCCAAAGAAGAACAGUUGAUUAUAAUCAUAGCGUUGCUCGAUGGAUGCAGGAGCGUAUAUGGAUUCGUGAUAGAAGGGAUAGCCGCUUUCUAAGGCCCGAUCCUAACUUCAUUGUCAACUUACUACCGCCUGCUGCCUAUCUUGAUAACCCUGUCAACGCUGUUACAACCAAAUUUAUCCAUACCUCAACCAAUAAAAUCAGAUUUCCUGUCAACGUAGUCCGAUGGACACCUGAAGGACGACGACUAAUUACAGGGUCUUCCAGUGGUGAAUUCACAUUAUGGAACGGUCUUACAUUCAACUUUGAAACUAUUUUACAAGCACACGAUUCAGCAGUCCGUGCGAUGAACUGGUCGCACAAUGAUAACUGGAUGGUAACUGGUGAUCAUAGUGGUAUCAUCAAAUACUGGCAAUCAAAUAUGAGCAACUUGAAGAUGUUCCAAGGUCAUAAGGAAGCCAUACGUGACCUAACAUUUGCACCUUCCGAUACCCGUUUUGCUACUUGCUCAGAUGAUUCAUUAAUUAAAAUUUGGGAUUUUAAUACUGGUACAGAAGAAAAACAGUUAACAGGACACGGCUGGGAUGUAAAAUGUGUUGAUUGGCAUCCGUACAAGGCAUUGCUUGCAUCUGGUAGUAAAGAUAACCUCAUAAAGUUAUGGGAUCCCAAAUCAGGGAAGAAUAUCACGACAAUGCAUGGACAUAAAAACACAGUUCUGGCAUUACAAUGGAAUCAGAAUGGUAAUUGGUUGGUUACCGCAGGCAGAGAUCAACUGGUCAAGGUUUAUGACAUUCGUACAAUGUCAGAAUUGCAGAUAUUUAGAGGGCACAAAAAAGAAAUUUGCUCCGCGAAAUGGCAUCCACAGCAUGAGCGAUUAUUAGCUACAGGUGGAUCAGAUGGCUCACUUAUGUUUUGGAUGACAGGGCAAGACCAACCUCUAGGUGAGCAAGAAGCAGCCCAUGAAUCGAAUGUAUGGUCGUUGGACUGGCAUCCUGUUGGCCAUAUACUCGUGAGUGGCUCGAAUGACCACACAACACGCUUUUGGACGCGUCCUCGGCCGGGUGAAUUGACCGUAGAUAAGUUCGAUUCUAGCCAGCACCAAGACGAUGAGUCUGCGUCAGCAGCGGUUAAGGGCGGUGGUGACGAUCAUUUGAGACAACAGUUUAUUGAACCUCCUCCAUUCAGACCUCAUAAUAUGCAGCAGAAUGCACAACAGUUGAAGCAUGAAUUACCGCCCUUCAGGCCUGCAAAUGCAGCCUAUAGCAAUACAGCGGAAGAUAAUGGCCCCCCACUUUUCCGUCCUGAUAUGUAUAAUAACAACAAUAAUUAUAGUAACAACCAUAAUAACAAUUAUAACAACUAUAAUAACAAUAACAAUAAAAGGCAACGAAGGUGGUAAUGGUUGCUAAGCGAUUCAUUUCUUCCUUUUCCUGAAAAACAAACCAAAAAAAAAAAAAGAAAAAA